GUCUUCUAGAGCAGAAUCCAUCCUCCCAGCAUAAAUUCGAGGUCCUGUCCCCCUUCUUAGUCAUCCAGAGCAGAAGCCAUCCACCCAAACACGAAUUCGAGGUCAUGUUCCACUUCAUAGUCCUCAGCAGCCACUUCCUCCUCCCCAGCAGCCACUUCCUCCUCCCCAGCAGCCACUUCCUCCUCCCCAGGAGCCACUUCCUCCACUUCAAACGUGGUCCCUUCACCUGA